AUGGAUCCAAGAAUAUUUGGAAUUCAAUAAUAAUGUACAUAUAUUUGCAAAUAACAUUAUAAGUUAAUAACUCAGAAGUUGAUUCAAAUAGAAUUGAUUAAAAUAAAUCAUUUCUCACUGAAGGUUAAGUCUUUCCUGAAUUUGUCUAAUAUCAUCCAACUGAAGUUGUACUCAAACUUGAAAAUAACAUAUUUUUCAAAUAAGAUAACAACAAAGUGACUAAAAAAAUUAAGGAAAUAACUUUUUUUAUAUUCUUUAAUAGAAUAAUGAUAAUUACUCUAUACUUAUUAGCAGCAAUAGCUUUUGUUAAAGGUCCAUCUUUAACUUAACAUUAACAGAUAUAUUCUGAAGUAACUUUUCAUAAUAAUAGAGAUUUAAUAACUGUAACUUAUUUCAAGAUUAUCUUUAUGUAUGAUCUAAACAUAUGA